AUGCAGGAGAAGGCCUCCGAUCUGUGUGAGCUCUUUGCUCAUUCGGUGCGGCGCACCCCCAACGAACUGGCAGUGGACCAUGAGAGUGGCUCACUGACCUACACCGACCUCGAUGCGGCAUCCACAUACCUAGCACAGAAGUUGCAACAGCAGGGCGUAGAAAAAGGCGACAUCGUGUGUCUUCUUACCGAGCAUGGCACUCUUAACAUUAUUGCUCUGCUCGCUGUGCUCAAGGCGAAAGCCUGCUACGUUCCCCUCGACCGGAGCUCUUGGUCUAUAGAACGCAUUGAGACUGUGCUGUCCUCGGUUGAUAGCCGUUUCCUCAUCAACACAACUGGUGCCUCAUUUGAAAACAACAAAUAUACCAUUAUUCAUCUCCAGAAGGUCGAAAUCCCACGCAGUAAUGGCAGCAGUGAUAACGCCACUGAAGUCAGUACCAUCACUGCCCCUGAAGCUCUGGCUUGUAUCAUCUUCACCAGUGGCAGCACAGGCAAACCAAAGGGUGUCAUGAUUUCCCAUCGCGCGAUAGCCAACUACGGGCAUACCAGUCCCUUCAAUAUGGAUGUCCAAGCUGGUGACCGUGUGCUCCAUAUAUUGUCGGUAGCAUUCGAUGGGAAUUCAGGCACAGUUGUGCCAGCGUCUAUGGAUACACUCUACGAAAAAGCACAGACAUGCUCGAUCCUAGCCUCAACACCCUCGAUCCUGGCCACUCUCCCCCUGCCUUCUACUGUCCCCGACAGCUACCCGUCGGUCCAUACCAUCUUACUCGGGGGCGAGACACCGAAUGGACAGCUUCUGUCACAUUGGCUUGAUUUUGGUGUGCGAAUUCUCAACGCAUAUGGCCCCACAGAGACAACCUGUGCGUCGUUGAUGCAAGAUGUGGAAGUCUCCAGCGAGACGGGAACGAUCCGCAGCAGCAUCAUUGGCAGUCCCAUGCCACAGGGACCGGUCUACCUGCUUCGGGAUGAUCUCACUCUAGUGGAUGACUAUGACACGGAGGGCGAGAUUGUCAUUUCCGGAAUUGGUUUGGCGGAGGGAUACUAUCGUAAUCCUACGCUCACAGCCGAGCGGUUCAUUACCUGGCGUGGCACACGAGUCUAUCGGACGGGUGAUCAGGGACGCUGGAUUCGUCGCAACGAUGGGGCUCGUGUGAUGGACUUCCGUGGACGCUCUGAUCGAACAGUGAAGAACCGUGGCUUCUUGGUGAAUCUCGCCGCUGAUGUAGAAGAGCCGUUGAGGAUGAUGGGCUGUGGCGUCAGCGAUGUGUAUGCGAGCAUAAUAAAGUCACGCUUGGUGGUUCUGGUAACACCAGCCUCUGUCGAACUGGAAAGUCUGCGCAUUGAGGCACAAAAACGACUGUCCUCCUUCCAUUUGCCCGAUCAUUACUGUGCCGUUGAGCGGUUCCCAAUCUCCCCCAAUGGCAAGAUUGACAGCAGGGCUAUUUCCGAGUUGCUUGACCAAAGUCAAGAUCGACUUCUUGCAGCCUCUAGUGCGAUUAUAUACGAAGGCUCAGCUGUUGACGAUCCUUCUAUGAAGUCCGAGCUGCCAGUUAAUCUGGCAACAGCUGUUUCUGAAUGCAUGUGCACCGCACUUGACUUAGACAUCCCACGUUCCCAGAUAGAUUUCAACUUCUUUGCCUUGGGCGGAAACUCACUGGCAGCUCUCCGAUUCAGCUCACUCUGUCAUGAACGUGGCAUCUCUAUCACUACCCGAGACAUCUACCGCCAUCCGACACUGCAUGGCAUUCUUCGCUGUGCCCAUGCCUUGCAGCCAAUAGCUCCAGCUAUAGAGCCGGACGGUAGAAAUACAACGCUGCAAACAUCAGCACUACGCGCGGAGGUAGCGGCACAGUUGCAUCUGGGGAAGCUGUUGCCGUUGGACACUCAAAUCGGCCGAUUGACUCCUUUGCAGCUGGAGCUGGCAGCUCCCACUCUAGAGCGCAAUGGCACCAACACCAACCAGCUCCAGUUGACGUACCCAUUGAGUGAUGCGGAGCGUAUCUGCAACGCCUGGAGACGGGUUAUUGAGUGUGAGCCUGUCUUCCGGACACAAGUCUCCCUUGAUGUCGCCUGUGGCGUGCAGAUACAGCAUGCUCCUCACCUGCGCCAGUCGGAGGGGUCAAAAGUUCGCAGCCACUUCUGUGACCCCGUGGAGCUCACUUUCCGGCGACGCGAAGAUUAUGAGGCUGCCGUGACUGAUCCUGCUCUUUUAUAUGUCGGCCUCGGUAUGCGACUAGACUUCAUCAAAUUUGUGCCCAAUGAUACAGGUGACGAGCCCGGGUCAGGAGAUACCGGUGAAAUUACAAUCAAUUGGGCGGCUCACCACGUGCUGCUCGACGGCUACUCAGUCGGGCUUAUCCUAGCGAAAGUGCAGCGAGCGGUGGAAGGGGGGCACCUGUCCCAGAGUUCAUCCUUUCUGGAUGCCUCAGAGAAACUGUUAGCGAUCCAGGGCAAACGGGAUGGUGAAGCGAGGCGAUUUUGGGCCGAUUAUUUGGAAUCAGUGCGGUCGCUCCCAGUUCUGGAUGACCAGUAUCGAUCGCAGGAGAUCAGUAACACCCCAUACCGUGCUCAGGAAAUACGCUUUUCGUGUGCGGAACAUCUGCCGCAGAUACAGAGGCUGGCUGAGGAAUGCAAAGUCACCUUGGCCACCGUCUAUUAUACCGCAUGGGCGAUGGCACUGGCACAGUAUACAGGCCGGCACCUGGUGGUCGUGGGAGCCGUCUUUUCUGGCCGCGAGACCCAGCUGGAGCACAUCGACACGAUCGGGCCGCUGAUGGCUACAUUGCCCCUCCUCUGCGAGCUGAGAAGAGAUGCAUCCAUUCCACAGCAGCUUGAGGCCGUCAUGGAGGGACUAGCGACCAUCAGUGCGUAUGCAUGGUCGUCGUCAGAUCAGAUUGGCUACCGGCUGGACAACUUGAUGGCCACACAGUACGACUUCCCGCAAAUUGAGACUACCCUCGUCCCGAAAGAGGAACGAUUCUUUGAAAACACCACAUUUUCUCUUAGUCUCCUAGCCGAAAAGGACUCUGGGUUCCGUCUGGUGUAUGACCCAGCCGCCCACAGUGACCGACGCAUGCAUACGCUAUCCCAAGCUAUGAAAAGCGCCUUAAAUACAUUGCCCGAUGCCACGACGAUCGGCAGCUGGCUGGAUUAUGCAGAUGGUGCUUUUGAGAAAUUCGGUGACAACUCGACGCUUGGAAUGGAGUGUGGUGCGCCCCGGUCUCAUUACACCCCAGAGACGCAUAUCGCAGAGGCCUUUGGGGUAACUGCAGACCGACAUGCUCAUCUUGCUGCGCUAGAAGGAUCGGAGUGCACCUUGUCCUAUGCGGAACUAGACCAGCUCUCUAAUACGGUGUGUUCCCGGCUUCGUCGAGACAUUCCCAAUGCAAAGACAGUUGCUAUCCACGCUGAUGGCUCUAUCAACUGGAUCGUAGGAAUCCUGGGCAUCCUCAAAUCGGGCUCAGCUUACUGUCCGCUCGACCCCGCCUAUUCGAUGGAUCGACGGGUUGAGGUAUAUACUCGCAGUGGAGCGGAUGCGCUGUUGAUACCAAAUGCAUGUCCCACUGCUAUGCUGCAGUUGCCGAAUAUCCAUGUACUGGUUGUCACGGAUCUGCUAGGCCAUACCGCGUGCGAUGCGAUAUCUCACCGUCUUCCCCUACCCGCAAAAGCGAACGAUGAUGCCCUCAUUGUCUUUACUUCUGGGACGACAGGUCGUCCAAAGGGUGUCCCAAUCAGCCAUCGGGGGUUGCUGGCAUUACAGUCAAACCCAGAAGCCACCAUGUUCGGCUGUCCAGGUCGUCGUAUUGCUCAAUUCAUGUCCCCGGCGUUUGAUUACUGCGCUAACGAGAUAUUUUCUGCCCUACUUCAUGGGGCUACUCUGGUUCUUCGUGAACCCAGCGACCCGUUGGCUCACCUUGCAAAAGUGGAUGUCGCGACUAUAACUCCCUCCGUGAUGAGCGCCUUAGACCCGGCUGAAUAUCCUAAUCUACGCAUGGUAAGACACUUUCUAGGUCCUUCACAAGUUUAUGCCACAGGAGAACCUGUCACCCCAGGGUUAUUAGAUCGGUGGGCUGCAAAUCGCGUAUUCUACAAUGCAUACGGCCCCGCUGAGUGUUCUAUCUGCACAUCCUUCACACGGUUGGUUCCCGGCCAGCAGGUGACGAUUGGGCAAGCCAUCCAAACCGCAAGAAUGUAUAUUUUAACUCCAGAGCUACAUCCCGUGCGCGAUGGUGCCACUGGGGAAAUAUUCCUCGCUGGCCAACAGGUGAUGCGCGGGUACAUCGGGGAUGAUCAGCAAACAGCACAUCGCGUAUUGCCUGAUCCCUGGCAUGAUGGCGAGCGAAUGUAUCGCACGGGUGACUACGGAUACUGGACAAAUGACCAGCAGAUCUGCUAUGUCGGUCGAGUGGACCGCCAAGUUAAGGUUCGGGGGUUUCGUGUAGAGCUUGCUUCGGUUGAGAUGCGAAUGUACGAAGAGGAGCCCCGGCUAGUACAGGCCGCUGUACUGGUCGUUAAUGACAACCUGGUUGCAUUUGUCAUGCCUUCUUCGAUUGAUGUGGCCCGUCUGGAAGAGAGACUCCGAAAAACCCUUCAGCCAAGCUGGGUACCGCAGAUUAUCACGCCCCUGGAUGAAUUCCCCUGGACAACAAACCGCAAGGUGGACUAUCAGAGGUUGAAGGAAAUCGGCAUCCUUGGUAAGACUGAAUCACCAAUUCCUCCGACCGGGCCUCUGUUGGACCCCAUUGCGGAGGGAAUUGCGGGAAUUUGGAAGAUAUUACUUCGUUUGGUGGACAAUGUAGCACUCGGGCCCGACGACGACUUCAGGCGCCUCGGUGGUCACUCUAUCUUGCAGAUGCUACUCGCUGCUCGUCUUGCGAGCUCUUACGGCAUUGCGAUGACGACACGGGACGUAAUUGAGCAUCCCACGUUGGGAGAACAGACAGGCCUGGUCCAGUCUCGUCAACGUCAGGCCCCCCUAUCCAAGAACUUGACUAUCUGCAAGGCCCUUCCUGAUCAUUAUCUGUCUGAGUUGGAACGUCAGACCUGGUUCCAGUAUCUUGUGGCAUCGGAUGUCCGUACGUUCAACAUUCCUGUCCUCCUCCAUCUUGAUGGUAAAUUCGACCGCCAGCUCCUUAUUCAGUCUCUGAAUGGGGUACUAGCAUCACGCAAAGUACUCCGCAGUAAUUUUAUUGAGGCUUCGACGGGACCGAUUCGGGUCUUCCGCAAUGCCCCACCUCGAGUGCAGGAAUGCAGAUCAAUCUAUGUUGCGAGAGAGGUUGCCAGGGGCUUUGACUUGGCUCGUGAUGAGCUCGUCCGUGUUUUUAUGGACCAACAGACUCUGCUGCUUGUCAUCAGCCAUGCCAUUGCCGAUCUGAACAGCGUACAGAAUCUGUUCCGGGAAACAGCAGAUGUCUAUCGAGGCUCGACUGCCCAAGUAAAUCGAUGGAACUAUCUACAAGCAUCUACCUGGUCUCGCAAGGCAACCCCUGAGGAACGCCACUUCUGGACACGUUACCUCGACGGCGCGCCUCAACGACUCUCCAUCAACCGUCAACUUACUCAAACGAGCUUUGAGGGCACGUCUCGUACCUGCCACUUUGAGGGAACUAUGAUUCACGGACUCAGAGCAUUGACGCAAAGGUACGGCGUGACCAAGCACCAGAUUGUCUGUGCCGCGACUGCUCAGAUGCUGCAGUGGCUCUGCGCGACCGAUGACGUGGUUUUAGGCUGUCCGUGGGAAAAUAGAACGUCCGACCUCGAGCGACGGUCCGCGGGUUUAUUCCUGGAUAGGCUGCCAUUGCGCAUCAAGACUCCACCAAAUGCAGACUGUGCAGGCAUCCUGGAAUCAGUGCGCGAAGCGAGCCAAAAGGCAGUGGCUUAUGCAAUCCCUUUCGAACAGAUUCUCGACAUCCUCCAUGUCCCGCGCACCAUCCGGCAGCAUCCGAUCUUUGAAGUUAUGGUCACAUUCCAUUUGAAGGGAGCCAUUGAGGACUGCCUCGAUAUCGACGGGCUCGAUGUGCAGCGCGAGAUGUGCUACGCGCCAGGAUCCAAGUUUUUGCUCAUGUUCGAAUGGACGGAGCUGGAAGUGGACCACUGGGUUCUGCGCACUGAAUAUGACCAUCACCAGAUUGCGCCUGCCACCAUCACGGUCAUUGAUCAGGCCUUACGAUGUGUCUUGGAAGGAUUGUCUUUGGAACUCUCGCGCCCAGCCAUCGAGAAACGUCUGGCGCAUACCUUCCCGGAGACUAAAGAGGAUAGUAGCUGCGAAGGUGAGAGCGAUGAUGAAAAUGCCCUUUGCGACCGGCUUGUGUAUAUCCUUCGCCGGGAGAUGGCAGCCUGUCUGAGCAUUGAUCUUGCCGAUUUUCCCUGUUCGGUGUCUUUCUUCGAAGCUGGGGGGAACUCUAUCGACGUAUGGCGAUUGCAGCGUCAGCUGAAGCGGGUUGGCGUGGAUAUGCCGAUUUGCACAGUCUUUGAGCUACCCACUGCCCAGGCCCUAGCUCGGCACAUUUGUAAACGAGUGGAUUGGCUUGGAUCUGAAUGA